CGGUUCCGAGAUUACCAAUUCCAGGGCUGCCGCUUGUGUUCUCUCCUUUUUCUUCUUCUUGCAUUUUUUCGGUACUUGAGCAUCUCAUUUCCAGCAAUGAUUAAGGCAAAGAAAUAUGACUGGAAGGACAGCAACAUGGCCCUUUUUGGGUCCGAUACCGAGAAGCAGGUGAAGAAAGAGUCAGCCCAGACGGAGAAGGCUUGGCAGGGAGCAGGGGAAAAGGUGGGGAUACAAAUAUGGAGGAUUGUCAAGUUCAAAGUUGAGCAUUGGCCAAAAGAGGAGUAUGGAAGCUUCUACAGUGGAGACUCCUACAUUAUCCUCAAUACUUACAAAGAGGAGGAGGAGAUAAAGUACGACGUACACUUUUGGAUUGGUCAGUACUCGAGCCAAGACGAAUACGGUACAGCUGCUUACAAGACGGUUGAAUUGGACACUCUUCUUGAUGAUAAGCCGAUUCAGCACCGUGAAGUCCAGAGCUAUGAGUCUGCUCUCUUCAAGAGCUAUUUCCCUGCCAUCACCAUAAUGAGAGGAGGCGCUGAAAGUGGUUUCCGCCAUGUUGAAAUUAACAAGCAAGAAUAUCCAAAGAGGCUGUUGCAUUUCCAUGGUGACAAGAAAGGUGUUAUCAUUAAGGAGGUUCCGUUUGCCAAGAGCAGUAUUGAUGAAACUGACGUCUUUAUACUUGAUAAAGGAACAGAAGUGUAUCUGUGGUAUGGCAAAGCUUGCAACAAAGAUGAGAAAUUCAAAGCCAUUCAGCACCUGCAGACUAUCAAGAGCAACAGGAGCGGACGCGUAACAACUGAGAACAUUGAUCAACGUGAUGAUGCAAGUAACAGACAGUUCAUGGCUCUGCUCCCAGACACACCAGAAGAGGAAGAAGAGGAGAGUGAAGCAGAUAAUCCAGAUGAAGACUUCCAGCCGACACUAUUGAGGGUGUCGGAUGCCUCUGGUACAUUAGAGAGAACUGUUGAGCAUGUUGGAAGUAUCCCUGAAGAUAAGCUGGACCCCAAUGAUGUCUUUAUUUGUGAUACUGGCAAGGAAUGCUACGUUUGGAUUGGUCGUGGCGCCAGUGAUGCUGAGAAUAAGAAUGCAAUCCCUUAUGCUCAUGCAUACCUUCAAAGUACUAAGCAUCCUCUUGUUCCAGUUACUUGCAUCAAGGACGGACAAACAGGCCGUGCAAACCAAUUCUUUGCUAAAAUCCUUUCCUAAUUAUCAAUUUGAAUGGCAAGUUGACAUGCAGCGCUUUGCUGGGUUAUGCAAUUUUAGUGAACUAUUAUUAUUAUUAUUAUCAUUAUUAUUAUUAUAGUUGAUUAGUUUGACUUCCAGUGAUUAUUAUUGUUAUUUGAAUUUUAAUACAAUCUUCUGUAGCUAAAUAAAAUAUGAUGUUAAAUUU